AAUUUAACUUUUGCCAAAUCCACAUUUUGACUACUAAUUUUUAAUAGCACAAUAUGCUAUAAAACACACACAAGAUAACGGGGAAAUAGCACUUGUUAUGAACUUUCACAACUUUCUGUUAUAAAAAAUGAAUGAUAGGCUAUGUGAGGAAGAAAUCAGGCAUCCCUCGUUAACUGAACCAUCCUAAUGAGAAGCUGCACCUGUCAGCUGGUAGAGCUAAUUAGGACGCCGCGAGACGUUCCACCGUUCAGUAAAAAUGAGUUUCGAGAACAAUCUCCAACAGGCUUUCGCCAAAAAUAAUGUCCAAACAGUCAUUGAAGUAUUUGCCACGGAGAAACUUUUCAAAUCAUUCGCAGAUCGACUGGAGAAAGUCGUCAUUAAGGAACUGGAUAGAAAUCUAUUUAAAAACGUCAUCCUGAUUCUCAAAGCCAUUGAAAAAGUAAUGGAGCAAGACCCGGAUUGCUUUCAUUCACUUGUUCAACAAGGUCUUGUUGUAAUGAUGCUCACUUGGUAUGAGAGGACAGUGGAGCAAAUAACCCUAUGUGACGAGGCAACUCCAGAGCAGAUGAUUUUCCUAGAGGCUUUCUAUGAUAUUGCUGUGAAACUGUCUCAUGGCAUAAUUGAAGGCAAAGCUACAAUCAGGACUCUUCUUAUUCUGCGUUUUGGGGCUCUUGUGGCAGAUGAGAGGGCAAGCUACAAACUUCGCCUUGAUGCCAUUCAGACAAUUAACUCCAUGGUGGAUGGGAUAUCCAAGGAUGACCGGCGAGAUAUUUGUCAAUGCUCUUCUCUUUCUCAGCUCCUGGAAGACUUUGCCAAUGCUCUGUUGAAAGGUGGAGAUUAUGAGUUUCAGGUGGCUGUGACCGAGGCGCUGUCACGCAUGACCAUAAAGAGGACAAGGGAAGACAUUGCUCACAAGUGGUUUGGUGACAAAGAACUGGCGUCCUCGUUUAUCGCUAUCAAAUACGCAGAGUUCGAAACAGAUUGCCGGAUAUUUCUAAAUGAAGUGAAUCUCUCAUUUGGAGAUGACAGAAGAGUUUUCACAUUUCCCUGCUCAAGAGUGUUUCUUGGCCCUACUGAGCUUUACAAGCCUGAUGAUGCACACCUCAAGGAGUUCUGGGUCGAUUUCAACGUAGGUUCAUCCUGCAUCACCCUCUCUGUGGAUGACCCAGAGAACUCUCUCUGGGGGUCUAUCUGCUUGAUGAGGACAUCUGUUCAAUCCUAUGAAUUGUCAACAGUGACUGACAAACUCCUGCUGACUAUCAGGACCACCAGUCCUGUUUUCCCCUAUGGAAAACUUUCAGGCGAGACUGUGUAUAUGUACUUCUCGCCAUGCCUUGAUAUUGCAUCUGUCUUACAGAAAGUCUUUGGGGAUAUACCACAGCCCAAGGGCUCUGUACCAGAAAGGCAAAUAAGUGCCCCUCUGGCUACCUACACUGAGGACUCCUUGUCAGAACCUCCUGGUGCAGUAACUGAGGAGUCUCCAAGUCCACAGAUGCCGAACGAAGACACAGAGACGAGCCAGGCAGCUGAGUCCAUACAACAAGAAGAGGACAGCACCCCCGCACAAGAUGUCUUCCUGAUGCGCAAUGACUCUGACACAGAGGUUGAAGUAAAACACAAUCUUGAACCCACAAGACGCUUAUCAAAGCGCUUACAGGUCACAAAGCCAGACCAUGUCUCAUUCUGGACUGCUUUGAAGAUUUAUAAGGUAAUGAGGGCAAGAACAAGAUUUAUCAGCAAGCCCGCCUCCACAAAUGGGUCUCAUCCGACUGUCUCGGGAAACACAGCUGCAAAGAAAGUUCCUCAGAAGACCAGAGGGGAAGGUCUACACAACUGGUCUGACCUAGAGGGGAACAGCAUUGCCACGGACAAGCUCAGCCCCUGCCACAUCAGCACACCCUCACACACCUACACCAGGAAGAAACCAAAGGUCAAAGGUCGACUGAGGGUCCUACCUCUAUCAUCCCCCAGCAGUGGAGAGGAAGACCAUGCUAAGGCUUUGUCAUCAAUCCAAAAGACAUCAGCUGCCAAUCAACCAGUCAUUCCUGAAAUCUCUGAAUGUGAGAAGAGCCAGACAGACACGAUGGCCGACUCGGGAUAUCUGGAGCCAUCGUUCCUUGACGACACCAUACCUGAAACUCUGCCCUGUGACCUGCCCGAUAAGGAAAGUGCCCCUGCUCAAGAAUCAUCAUUUCAAUCAAGGAAAAGGCCCCUCAAGAGUCCAGAGCCUUCUGUGACACAGAGGGGAGAGCAGGCCGCAGGAGUAAGCCUGCAGCCCAGAGGCCUAUUCCACUCCCAUCCACAAGAGGGCGCAGCAGACCCUGUAAUGGCAGAUGAGGAGGACUCUGAGGCAGAUAUCAUGGGUCCUGAUGUGAUCUCUGCUUUCCGAAGCUUCAAAUCUCAGCUGCUGGACCACGUCUUUGCAAAAUAUCAGAAAAUAGAGACAAGAUCUCUACAGUCACUGUCUGAUUGUCAGAACCAGGUGGUGACGCUUCUGAAAACCGUGCAAACUCAGCGGCUGCAACUGCUGGAGAAGUUUGAGGAAGUGGUUGUGGAGCAGCUUGGGCGUCUGGAGCAGGAUUGUCGUUCGCUCAGGAACAUCGAGCAGGAGACCAUGACCUUCUGGAGGACUGAGUACCAGGCCGUGAGAUCCUUUUGUAAACGUCAACAAAGCAGACUGGACUCCUUAGAGCUCUGCAGAGGUAACACAACUCCGCACGCCUCGUCUAAACAAGCUGAAGAGGAGGAUGCUGCCAUGGAGUAGCACACUCAUCUCAUGCUACAAUGGCCCAUAACAUGUUCACAUUAAAACAUACAAUGCUAAUAACCUUGGUAAGCUUUUUGUUUGUUUUUUAAGUGUGAACGUGUAUGCGUGCGUGCGUGUGUGUGUGUGUAUGUGUGCAUGUGUUAGCUGGGAUAAGCCUGAGGAAGUGCCAGUGGUUUGAAACGUUGCUUGACAAUACAUUUCACUGGGAGCUACAGUAUAUAUUGGUGUGCAGAUACCUUUAUCCUUUUGUAUAGCUUACAUCUCUUGAAGAUCCUGCACCCAGUCAUGUUAGGAUUAAACACCACUUUUAUUAGUUCAUUUGGCUGAGGUAUAUAAUUUUGUACUUAAUGAUGUGGUAGUGCGGUAUGCCAAUUCUAGGCACAUUAUUACCCACAAACGGUAUGGAAAGUAAGUGGCCUAGUGUGGACAAAGGCUAUUUGUUUAAAUAAUUUGAAUUUUUUUUUUAAUAAUAAUAAUAAAUCAAGUAUAGGAAUAAAACAUUCCAGGGAAAACCAUUCUGAAACAACCAGCAGUCUGUUUGAAUAUUUUUGCUCAAUUUACUUUAUUUAGCUGUGUCUUAGUGAGAACAUAUGACGUUCUUUAUAUUCAAUUUGUUGACUCA